AUGGCUUCCUCCGAGGUGGAUCAGAAGUUCCUCGGCAAAUGGGCGAAAACCGUGGAAAACGACAAUCCGCUCUUGUCCUCGAUGCUCUACAAGAUCCUCGGUCUCUCGCUCAGCCUAGCGGAGCAGCUCGUUACGGCUAAGAAACAGCGCCGGCCCGAAGCGUCCCGAACGCCCCAGUCUCUCGAUCUCAUCUUUCACAUCAUCUGGCUGUCAAGAGAAGGUCUAGUCAUGCUGCAGCAAUAUGUCAUUCCCAUGGUUGGAAACCACACUGAGCUCCGCGUGCUGGCGUACAAGCUCCGGGCAUCGUUUUACCACAUCUUCGUCCUGUUCCACAACAAACCUGCCGUGUCUACAAUGGGCAUCGCGACUCCCGACACCAUGGCUGAUUUCACGCCGCCGAGGCUAGACAAGGGCAAGGGAAUCGCACGGGAGGAUUGGAAUUCUUCACAGGGGUCAAUACAGCCGACACACGCCCUCGAGGGCGGACCGGUGAACCCUCCGCCGGGGUUUGCUCCCCGAAGCGGAUCGGACCUCCCCGCCGCCUUCCUUGAGCCACCGAGAGAUUACCUCCCCGAGGCCCACAAGUACUUCAAGGAGGCCAUUGCUCUGGCCGACCAGCAUCUCUGGGGCUCCCACUCACUCCGACUCUCGGUCAAGACUGAGUACGCUGCCUUCCUCUACGAUUGUGUGCACGACACCGACGGGAGUCGGAAGCUAGCCAAAGAAACCAUCUCCGAGGUCUACGAGGCGACGGAAGGAAUGGACGACGACAUGUUUUCCGAUGCCUGCGAGCUGGUCACCGUUUUGGGCAAGAUGAUGAAGCGGGGGCUCGGGUCCAGCAACAACACGCUAACUAAGGGGACCAGCCCCAGUCCGGCCGCACCGCCAGGGACCACCAUGGCGCCGGGCAUGGAGAAUCCCAUCUGA